AUGCGCACGAAGCCUGUAAUUGGUGUAAAGCCACUUGACUUCUUGUCGAGAUCACCCUGGCAGCUACCCACCAAACACAACGCUAUCACGAACUUCGACGCAGUCCAAAUCGCGAAAGACGCUCUCGAGACGACGGUGCUCCUGCAUCCAAGACUUCCCAGCCUGAUCACCUCCUUCCUUGCCUUCAAGCGUGAUCAUGGCUCAGAAGAAGAGAAGAAGCUCUGCAACACUCUCACGCAACACGGCCUAGUAGCAAGACUGAUCAAGAAAAGAGCACUGCACUUCGUCCAAGCCAGCGAAUGA